AUGGAUAACAGUGAUACCGUAACUAGGAAAAGGUCAAGAAGAAUUUUGGAGUUAUCUUUUAAGAAUGAUACAUCAAAACCUGAGCCGCAGUCUACAAAAUCACAUUUAUUGUACAGGAAGGUAUUCAAACGUCUUUCUCACACCAGUAGUAUUAACAAGAUUUUUACUAGUCCCCGUUCCGGUCAAACAUUUCACGAAUUGAACCCCGUGGCUUUGUCACUACCGCGCUCAAAUGACACAGAAAUUUUAAACCCUGAUGAAGAUCACAAUUCUGUAAUAGGUUUCUUAUCAAACUUCCUAGAGCACAUUCCACCUAGCAAUAUUUCUGCAGUACCUUAUAACAAUAAUAAGACAGACUUGGGUUUUAGUAAUGAAACAAUUAAAGACCUAAAAGAUGAUACUAAUCGAAAGAUACAGAUUUUGGAAGACAUGAAUAUUAUCACACCGAUUCAUGCAAAUAGCAACACCAAUAGUAUCAGGAAUCUCAUCAUCUCUCCAAGAAAAUUUUGCCUUAAAACCACUUAG